CGUUAACACGAGCGGACUUAUUAAAAAGACCACGAGCUUUCCUUUCCUAUUCUGAUUUGUAGUUUCUGUAGUUUCUCUGAUCUAUAAAAGGGGGAGAAGACCCACUUUUGUAGGUCAAAUUGUGUGCCAAUUCUCUCUCUGAUCAGAUUGUCUACUCGUCUUCUUCCAUGUCGAUGAUUAAUGGGAUCCAAGGCCAGCUCCUUGAAGUUACAGUUGUUGGAUGCAACAAGUUGAAAGAUACAGAAUGGAUUUCAAGGCAAGAUACGUACGUUUGCAUUGAGUACGGCAGCAACAAGUCCCGUACCAGAACGUGCAAAGAUGGUGGUAAAAAUCCCACAUUCCAGGAGAAAUUUGUGUUCACGCUAAUUGAAGGGCUCAGAGAACUGAAAAUUGUGGUUUGGAACAACAACACCGUGACUUUUGAUGAUUUCAUUGGCAGUGGAAAGGUUCAAUUGCAGAAGGUACUCUCACAUGGCUAUGAUGACAGUGCUUGGACAAUUCAGAGUAAAACUGGCAGAUAUUCUGGAGAAGUUCGACUAAUCCUGCAUUAUUCAAAUGUCAAUAAACCAGCAACAAGCUAUGCUCCCUCAGCACCACCCUAUGUAGCUCAUCUUCCACAAGCCCCUUUAUACUCUAUGGCACCACCAGCUGCCACAACUGCUUAUCCACCAGCAGCUACUGCAUAUCCAAGACCAUCUCCUUAUUCUGCAUACCCACCAAAUUCGGCCUAUCCACCAGCGGCAUAUCCUCCACCUCCACAAGCUGCAUAUCCUCCCUCAGCAUACCCUCCAGCUUCUGCAUAUGCUCCACCUGCCUAUCCACCACCUCCACAAGCCUCGCCGUAUUAUCCUCCUGGUCCUUUUCCUGGACAUCAUUUUCCGCCACGGUACUGAAGGAGAGUCCAGUAUGCAUAAGUGAAGCAGCAAACAUCUGGAUCCACCGUGGUUGUCAUGUACAGCAAUGCUCAUCGUAGAUAAGAUGCUUAAGAAAAUUGUCUAAAAUAGUCUUGGGUUUGACCGAGAGUAUUAACGAUACAAAAUGUAGAUUGAAGAGCUAAAUAGGCCUAAAUUUAGAAUUCUUUUGGCAUAAUUAUGUCUAUGACUUGGAGAGUCAAAUGUCGUUAUGAAUUAUUUUGGGAGUUACUACUGUACCCAAGUCUAAGUUCUUAAUUUUUUUUUCUUUAUUGAGCCUA